CUGGCUGCCUGGCAGGAGAAGAAGAUUGAGUCUUAAAGUGCAGAGAAGGCGCUACUCGAAGCGGAAAGGCGCCUGCAGGUGAUCGGCGUCUAUUUUUAGCCGACCGCGUGGCACAGGCCUGAGGCACCCCGUCAUCUCGACCUCGUUUACUCUGUUUUCUUCCUUCAUCCCACUGCCUCUGCUCGCGUUGACUUUAUAACCAGUCCAAUGGCACCGGCUUGUCUGUUCCAAUCCCCGGAAUAAGCCCCUCUCCGCCAAAAUGCUCGAUGAAGCUCUCCCCACAUUCUUCCUCAAAUCCACUCGCCAAUCUCACCUCCAAUCCAUCUACUUCUGUCAACAUGGAAACGACCCUUUGCCCGCCUACUCCCUCCGCCACGCCGACCCGUCCACCCCCGACGGCAAGAACCGCUACGCAGCCGCCCUCGUUGACCCUUACGUCCCGGACAUCAUCUACGGCGAAAUCCUGAUCAUCCCCGAAUGGACGCAGCCCAGUCUCUCCGCCGACGCCAUCCGGGCCAACGGCGGCGUCACCCCUCCCCCGGAGCCCCUCCUCCCCACCAGCUUCGUCAUCCACCUCUACAACCCCGACCAGCAGGUCACCGUGCACUUCAAGCCCAAGAGCUGGAACAGCCCCGCGACAUGGACCUUCGAGAUGCCGCAGCAUACCUUCCGGCAGCCGUCCAGCUCGAGUCUCGAUCGCACGCAGACCGACCCCGCCGCUGCCGACACCACGCCGAAGCUGCGCUUCAACUGGCGCCGCGACAGCAAGCUGUCCAAGGACCUAACAUGUUAUCUAUCAGGGAAAGCGACGUCCCUGACCGAGGGCAAGAACAAGACGAAGAGUAAGGAGCCGGACAUCAUCCUGUCGAUCUUCAAGGGACUGCGGGAAAUGACGCUCUACGAACCGAACCUGUAUCGGGUGGAGAUGGAGGAUUUCAAGGGCUUGGAGGUCGUGCUGCUUUUGGGUGCGGUGGCUAUCCGCGACGUGUAUUUCUCGACCAUGAAGGAUAGCUUCAAUCUUUCGAAACAGGCCCCGGUGAUGAGUGCCGGCCCUGCGCCUGUUCCCACGUCUACCUCGAUCCCAACCACUGGCCCUUCCCCUGCCACGGCUGCCGCUGCCGCUGUCAACGGCAACCACAGAGCCAGUCUCCCCCCGAUCAACACGCAAUUACACCAGAAACAGCCCCCACCUGUCGCCUCGGGCGGAUUAAACGCCCCAUCGACCCAACCACAACCUCACCCCUCCAAACCAACCGCCUCCAACUCGCAGCCCAAACCAGCCCCAUCCAAACACCAAGAACAACAACGAAAGGAGGAAGAACGCCGCACGCAGAAGCUCCUCGAACAAGAAGACAAAGCGCGCCGCCGACGCCAGGCCGAAGUCGACCAGGAAACCCGCCGCCUGCAGCGCCUCUACGGCCAAGAGGAGCACCGCGCCCGCACGCAGACUCCCUCCCUUCCACCUCGAGCGUCCCGGCCCCAUCAGCCCUCCAGACCGCACGCACCGCCGCAGCCGAGACCCAUGCAGCCUAACGGGCGCGGGGCCCCGGCGCAGCGCUACUACUACUACCAUCACCAUUCGCCGUCGACGCCGCAUAUCCCGGCGGGCCCGUAUCUGUCGCCUACCGGACGCAGGGACCCUCGGCAGCAGUCGACGGUGACCUUUGCGGCGCCGGACCGGCCGCAGAGCACGGGGACGCGGCCGUUGCAGCCAAAGAAGAGCAGUUUCUUUGGGUUCCGGAAGUCAUCGGAUGAGCGGGAGAGGGAGAAGUUGAGCAAGAAGCGGAGCUCGAUGUUUUGAUUGGUGUGCAUAUACCGCAUGAACUUAUGAUACCCCUGUGUUUCUCUGUUGGCGUUGUCUUUCUCUUCUUUCUCUUCAUGUUCUGUAUGCAUGCAUGCAUGUACAAAAAGCUAUUCUACUAUCCAAUAUACGUGCCUAUACAGACUUGA